AUGGCGUCUUCGACCCCUUCUUCGUCCGCAACCUCCUCGAAUGCGGGAGCGGACCCCAAUACUGCCAACCUGCGCCCCACAACGUAUGACACCUGGUGCGGCGUGGCCCAUGGAUGCACGAGAAAACUGGGUCUCAAGAUCUGCGGCUUCUUGCAAAGGACCAACAGCCUGGAAGAGAAGAGCCGGCUUGUGAGCGCCUUCAAGGAGAGGCAGUCCUCCAAGAACCUGCUUUCCUGUGAAAACAGUGACAGGGAUGGCCGUUUCCGGCGCACAGAGACUGAUUUCUCCAACCUCUUUGCUCGAGAUCUGCUUCCAGCUAAGAAUGGGGAGGAGCAAACAGUGCAGUUCCUCCUGGAAGUGGUAGACAUACUCCUCAACUAUGUCCGCAAGACAUUUGAUCGCUCCACCAAGGUACUGGACUUCCAUCACCCGCACCAGCUGCUGGAAGGCAUGGAGGGCUUCAACUUGGAGCUGUCUGACCACCCCGAGUCCCUGGAGCAGAUCUUGGUUGACUGCAGAGACACCCUGAAGUAUGGGGUCCGUACAGGUCAUCCUCGAUUUUUCAACCAGCUCUCCACUGGAUUGGAUAUCAUUGGUUUAGCUGGCGAAUGGCUGACAUCAACUGCCAAUACCAAUAUGUUUACAUAUGAAAUUGCACCAGUAUUUGUCCUCAUGGAGCAAAUAACACUUAAGAAGAUGAGAGAGAUAGUUGGAUGGUCAAGUAAAGAUGGUGAUGGGAUAUUUUCUCCUGGGGGAGCCAUCUCCAACAUGUACAGCAUCAUGGCUGCUCGCUACAAGUUCUUCCCGGAAGUUAAGACAAAGGGCAUGGCGGCCGUUCCCAAACUGGUCCUCUUCACCUCAGAACACAGUCACUAUUCCAUAAAGAAGGCUGGAGCUGCACUUGGCUUUGGAACUGACAAUGUGAUUUUGAUAAAGUGCAACGAAAGGGGGAAGAUAAUUCCAGCUGACUUAGAAGCAAAAAUUCUUGAAGCCAAGCAAAAGGGAUAUGUUCCUCUUUACGUCAAUGCAACUGCUGGCACGACUGUGUAUGGGGCUUUUGAUCCGAUACAGGAGAUUGCAGAUAUAUGUGAGAAAUAUAACCUAUGGCUGCAUGUCGAUGCUGCCUGGGGCGGUGGGCUGCUCAUGUCCCGGAAGCACCGCCACAAACUCAGCGGCAUAGAAAGGGCCAACUCAGUCACCUGGAACCCUCACAAGAUGAUGGGCGUGCUGUUGCAGUGCUCUGCCAUUCUUGUCAAGGAAAAGGGUAUACUCCAAGGAUGCAACCAGAUGUGUGCAGGAUACCUUUUCCAGCCAGACAAGCAGUACGACGUCUCUUAUGACACUGGGGACAAGGCAAUCCAGUGUGGUCGCCACGUGGACAUUUUCAAGUUCUGGCUGAUGUGGAAAGCAAAGGGCACAGUGGGAUUUGAAAAUCAGAUCAACAAAUGCUUGGAAUUGGCCGAAUACCUCUAUGCCAAGAUUAAAAACAGAGAAGAAUUUGAGAUGGUUUUCGACGGUGAGCCUGAGCAUACAAACGUCUGUUUCUGGUAUAUUCCACAAAGCCUCAGGGGCAUUCCAGAUAGCCCUGAACGACGGGAAAAACUACACAGGGUGGCUCCCAAAAUCAAAGCCCUGAUGAUGGAGUCUGGCACAACGAUGGUUGGCUACCAGCCUCAGGGGGACAAGGCCAACUUUUUCCGGAUGGUCAUCUCGAACCCAGCUGCUACACAGUCUGAUAUUGACUUCCUCAUUGAGGAGAUAGAAAGACUGGGCCAGGAUCUGUAA